AUGUGAUAGGUAUGGGUGUCUCACGUGUCCAUCUUUUUCUCUCUCUAACCCUACCCCCAUCCUCCCCAACCACCGUACCGCCAUUUUCUCCCACCACUUUUCUCCCUCUCUCUCCCGGCGGUCCAAUUACCUGAAUUUCUAUACUUAGUUAAACUCAACAACUCAUUAAGUUAACUCAUUCACAACUUCAUCUGCCUGAUCUCCUUAAUAUCCAUCAUAAUUUCCUAUUUUCUGUACAAAACAGCCCGAAUUUAGCGGAUAUCAGCCGUACCUGCAAUUUUAGUUUAAUUCUCCGGCAGGACUUCUGUCUGUAAAACCUCCAAUCUCCUAAUUUUUCGCUACAACAGGUGUGUUGGCUUAUCUUACUAGGAAUUAUAAAGUCUGGUAAUUGUUGGCUGCACAGUAAUAUCUUAACCAGUAGUUUCAUGGGCUCUGGGGAACAAAGCUCACCUGCCAAGCAUUCCAAACCUACCUCAACUCAGGAAACACCACCUCCUUCGUACCAUGAUUGGCAAAGCUCUAUGCAGGCUUAUUAUGGCUCUGGGGCUGCUCCACCUUUCUUUCCCUCGGCUGUUGCCUCCCCAACUCCUCACCCUUAUAUGUGGGGAGGCCAGCAUCCUAUGAUGCCACCUUAUGGGACACCGGUUCCAUACCCUGCUUUAUAUCCACCGGCAGGAGUUUAUGGUCAUCCAAGUAUGCCUAUGACCCCCGGCACUAUGCCGCCAAAUGCUGAAAUGGAAGGUAAGGCCCCUAAUGGGAAACACAAGAUCAACAAAAAAUCCAAGGGCAAUUCGGUAAAUGCCAAUCCCACUGGUGCUAGGACCAGAGAGAAUGGAAAGGCAGCAUCAAGUUCAGGGAAUGAUGGUGCCACCCAAAGUGCUGAAAGUGGAAACGAUGGUUCAUCAGAUGCAAGCGAUGAGGAUGACCAACAGGGAUAUUCUGGAGGCAAGAAAGGAAGCUUCCAUCAAAUGCUUGCAGAUGCAAGUGCACGGAAUAACGAUACCGAGCCAAAUGUCCCUGGGAAUACUGUCGUUUCUAUGCCUGCUACCAAUCUUAAUAUGGGGAUGGACCUGUGGAACCCAUCUGCUGGAACUGGAUCUAUGAAAAUGCAACCAAAUCAUUCUGGUGUCCCACAAUCAGCGGGUCCACCACCAAUGAUGGCCGACCAGUGGGUUCAGGAUGAACGGGAACUGAAGAGACAGAAGAGGAAGCAAUCUAAUAGAGAGUCGGCUAGAAGAUCAAGGCUGCGCAAGCAGGCUGAGUGUGAAGAGCUACAGGCAAGAGUGGAGACAUUAAAUAAUGAGAAUCACUCACUCAGGGAUGAGUUGCAGAAGCUCUCCAGUGAAUGUGGAAAGCUUACUUCUGAAAAUAAUUCAAUAAAGGAUGAAUUAGUUAGGUUAUUUGGACCUGAGGCUGUGUCGAAUCUCGAUGCACAUCUUCAAUCUCAGACGAACGAAGGUGAUAGUUGACAACAUCACAUCAAAGUAACUUUUACACUUAUACGAUUAGAUCGACAAUCAUUUUCGAGCCUUCAAAAGAAAUUGACUUUACCAUUGAUCGAGGAAGUGCAACAUGCUCUCAUACACACAUACUUUUUGUUAACCCGGGUAAUUGUAGUAUGUCAAAGUUUAUAUAUAUAUAAUCUAUGGUCUUGAUGCUUGUUAUUGUAGAAGGAUAGAAAUUAGGUGAGAAUUAUUGGCCCUCAUUUCAAUGCGUGUUUGUUUGUGGUCAUUUUGGUCUAAUAAAUAUUUCACUAAAUUGUUGUAUUGACC